AUGAUCCACUUAGUUUUAACAUUUCUCUGUGCGACGUUUGUCUGCAUGACCGCAGCCCAAUAUGAGAACUACAGCUUCAGAAGCUUCCCUGGGGAGGAGCUCGUGCCCCUCACUGCGGCGUACGGAAUGGCGCUGGGACAUUACGCAGCAGGAAACUGGACGGAAUCGAUCCGCUACUUUGAGUUGAGUUUGCGCGUGCACCGGCUUCUGAGAGACAGCGCGCGGCAGUGCGCGCUCCGCUGCAACAGAGAGAAACGGGACGAGGAGUCCGUCACGGGGGACCCGCGUGCGUCCUGGCACCUUCUGAGGAGGGCGUCCUGUCAGAAGAGCUGCAGAGCGCAUCUUCCUGCGCUGCAGCUGCAGACUGCCGAGAGAGAAACCCUGGAGGAGUUCAGCAGGAGAGCUCCCUACAGAUACCUGCACUUCGCUCACGCAAAGCUGAAUGACCUGCAGAGGGCCGUGCCAUGCGCCUACACCUUCCUCCAGAGGAACCCAGAGGACGAGGAGAUGCAGCAGCUGAUGGAGGAGUACAAGAGGGAAUAUGAUCUGAGCGGUUUCCUCACGGACCAUGAAGAGCGACCCCAUGAGGCAUCCUUCCUGAGAGGAGUGAAACUUGUGAUUUCAGGCGACUACGGCAGAAGCGUCGAACACCUGGAGGAAGCUCUGAAGCUCUACCUGCACGAGUACGAGCUGUGUCAGGCCGACUGCGAGGCCACCGGUCAGCUCUCACCGCACAAAGAUUUCUAUGCAGGCUUAGCAGACGUGCUCAUUGACGUGUUAAGGUGCCAGCUGAAAUGUGAAGACGGUCUGAUCCCCAACGUUGGUGGAUAUUUUGUGGAGAACUUUAUGGCCACUCUCUACCACUACCUUCAGUAUUCCUAUUAUAAGUUGAACGAUGGCCGCAGCGCCGUGCCCUGUGUGUACAGCUACUUCCUGUUUGAGCCUGAAGACCAGGUCAUGAAGCAGAACCUGCAGUACUACAAAGCCUACAGUCAGCAGUGGGGCCUUCAGUCCAGCUUCUUCACUCCCAGAACGGAGGCUCUCAAAUACUACAACCAGACCAUUGCUCGAAAGCAGAUGUUGACAUCUGCAGAAUAUUACUUGAAUUUGAGUGCAGAGGAUUUUCUUGGACCAGAGGGUGCUGCCCUUUUGGCUUCAGAUUCUCCUGACGCUGAGUUUGAAGGUGUGGGCGACUACGAGGAGUCCAUCAAUGCCAACUGGAGGCAGCCUAAAGGCAAAGGUGACACCGGGAUGUCCGACUGA